UUUCUUUCUUCUAUACACCACAGAACGAAUGUCGGAACUGAGAAACCCUUCUCUUUCUUCCUUUUAAAUUUCUCUGAAUUCUGUCUCUGUCUUUCUUUCGCUCCCUUUUAUCAUUCAUUUUCCUUCUCUAACGUGAACCAAGGAAAGAUUUCUAGGAAAGGUAUCUGAGUCAGGAAGGACAAAAAAGAAAGGAAGGAAGAGAAUUUUGGACGACAUGGGAGCUUGCGCAACUAAGCCGAAGGUUUUAAAGGACGAUGCUCAAGCUCCGGUGACUGCUCCUGAUCCGGCAGUGGAAGAGGCAGUCGCGGUUCACCAGAUCAAUAGGGAGGAACGAUCGGUUCCUGUUGUACAAGAGGUGAAAGAUAAGAAGGUUGUUGAGAAUGAAGGUGGUGAUAAGGUCAUCAAGGAGAUCGUUGAUGAUGAUAAGGCUGAUGAUCAGAGCACGAAGCGACGAUCUCUCAGUCACUUGUUCCAGGAGAGUGAAGGAGAAAAAGAGUCGGUAAAACGAGUGAAGCCACUGGCGGAACCGGUGAAACCAGAGUCAUCAACAAGCAUGAAGUCACCAGAGGAACCAGUGCCAACAAAACAUAAAAUAGCAAGUAUGGAAUCCCCAGCAAAACCAGUGAAGCAACAAUUAGCAGAAAGCGUAAAGUCACUAGAGGAACCAAAGAAACAAGAAUCAACGGAAAGUACGGAGUCUCAAGAGGAACUAGUGAAACAAGAGACGGCAAAAAGUAUGACGUCGCCGGAGGAACCACUAAAGCAAGAGACGACAAAAAGUGUGAAGUUACAAGAGGAACCAGUGAAACAAGAGUCGGCAAAAAGCGUGACGUCUCUAAAGGAGCCAGUGAAACAAGAGGCAGGAAAGAGUGUAAAGUCGCCAGAGGAACCAGUGAAACAAGAAUCAUUAGAGACUGAAAAACCUAAGCAGCUAUCUGUCCAAGAACCAAUUACUACAAAUACUACGGGGCCAGCGAUAGUUGAACCACCGACGGCCAAAGAAUCUAUAGAACCAGCAAAAGAAGAGAAAUUAGGGACAGUAAAACCUGUGGAAUCCAUGAAACAAGAGUCGUCGACAGCUGAAAAACCUAGUGAGCCAAAGAAGAAAGAGCAUAAAGUGAGCGAAAAGCCAUUGGAGCAAGUGAAACAAGAACCUUCAAGAACUGAAAAUUUUGGUGAGGUUUCAAAAACUGAGUUAACAAAAGCUGAAAAAUCAGAAAAUCUAGUUGAACCAACUCCAUCUUUAACUAUUGUUGGUGGGCCUGUAAAGGUGGAAGGCGAGAAGAAGGUAACUGGAGCCACAUCUGAAGUAAAGCCUAAAAACUAAAGAAAAAUCCUGAAGAAAUUAAAGUUAACUAAAGGGCUUGACACUUGAUAGUAGUGUCUCUAAACUAUCUCAAAUUGAUAGCAGAGAAUGGAUUAGCUAAAGAAAUGGCAACCAAGAACAUGUUCUUUGAAUGGUUUUUAUGAGUCUGUUUUAAUUUGUUUCUUAUAUAAAUUUAAUUUCUUUUUA